AUGUCCAUCGAAGUCUUCGAUAAGUACUUCCAGGAGGGGCGGAAGAUAGUUACCGUCAAAGAUGUGGAGCCGGAGAAGUUUAUCAAGGCUUUCUCGCAGCACCUGAAGCGACAAGGACGCUUCGAGCUGCCGAAGUGGGCCGAUGUUGUCAAAACCAGCAGCUUGCUUCGGGUUCAUAUUUUGGAUGUUAGGGCUUUAUACUGGGUGCGGUUCGGUUCAGGCUGCACGGUUGUGCCUGCCUAG